CUCUCGUUCGUCGCGGCAGGCGCCGGCGAGGCCCGCGGGGAAAGGAGGCGCGGCCCGGCGGGUGGGGCGCUCGGCUGGGCCCGGGCCAGCGCUCAGCCGGCGCGAUGCUCUUCUCGCUCCGGGAGCUGGUGCAAUGGCUGGGCUUCGCCACCUUCGAGAUCUUUGUGCACCUGCUGGCCCUGUUGGUGUUCUCCGUGCUGCUGGCACUGCGUGUGGACGGCCUGGCCCCCGGCCUCUCCUGGUGGAACGUGUUCGUGCCCUUCUUCGCCGCUGACGGGCUCAGCACCUAUUUCACCACCAUCGUGUCGGUGCGUCUCUUCCAGGACGGAGAGAAGCGGCUGGCCGUGCUCCGCCUCUUCUGGAUCCUCACGGUUCUUAGCCUCAAGUUUGUUUUCGAAAUGUUGUUGUGCCAGAAGCUGGUGGAGCAGACUCGGGAGCUCUGGUUCGGCCUCAUCACGUCUCCAGUCUUCAUUCUCCUGCAGUUGCUCAUGAUCCGCGCCUGCCGGGUCAACUAGCCUCGCAGAGGGGCAGGAGAGGGAGCUCUCCAUAGCGAGAAUGCUGGACCCCAAGCUGAGGACCGCCCCUCACCCCGGAAGUCUGAGGACCCAGUCUUCUGCCACACCAGGGGAGAAGUCUGGGUCUGAAAGCAACGCCAGCCUGUGCCCUGCAGAGUGCUCAGUUUUCUAUAUGCCAGUCAUGCCUGAAACUGUUUUUUCAGCAGAGAUGAAAGGAGCAGUCAUGAUCCUUAAAAUGUAUUUCCUGUUAUUUUAUGCUUCGAAUAGCUAAUCCUGAAUUGAAAUCUCGAGACAGUCCCCAGGCCAGACAGUCCUGAACUCCUCUGAGAGUUGGAAAUUGCACAUAAGUAAAAUGUCCUAAUGGGCUCUGAGCACUUUCAUGGAUCCUGGGAAAGGACCCUUGUGCAAAGGCUGCAAAGCCAGCCAGCAUUGCUGACCUAAGAGCUCACUGUCCCAUUCACCCAGGCAAGACGUCCUUAGACAUUUGGGCUCUAAAAAGUAUAAACCAGCUUGCAUCCCUUCCCCUGUGCACUGGGGAAAGGAUGGCCCUUCCUUCAUUCCAGCCAAGGCAGACAGGAAUGUGUUGAGUAAGCAUGAUCAGGACCCUGCCUGGAGAUCUGUCACCUGAGAAAAGAACUUUGCUUUUAAAGGUUCUGCUCGGCUUCCUGUCCCAGCAGAUUGCAACGUCACGACGUUUCCACCACCUUGUGGCCGGCACCCUUAGCGCACCUGAGACUGAGGCCUCCCUAAAGGGCCAGAGAGAGGGACGGGUGCUCUGAUGCUCACAGGCGUUGAGACCUGCACGUGGGAAGUUCGUGAAUGGUCUCAGCCCACAUUUAUUGGCCUGAGGUCUUUGGUUUAAUACCAGUCAGGUGCCAAAUGAGAACACUUGCUGAGAUACAAAUAAAAUAAGAGAAUGUUU